AUGUACCUGAAGCCCGAGCCACGCCCCUACGGUAUGGCAAAUGUCGGGAUGGAAGCUAGGCAUCCGAUGGCUUCCGCGCGAAACCCUGUAGGGCCACAGCAGACGCGCCCUAUCCACCCUGAGCAUAUCAAACAGAUCAUCGAGACAGCCGACCCGCGCGCUGUGCAAAAGGUGCUGCUCGAUCUUUGCCAAAUGUCACCGGCCUUUUCCGGCGCCCUCGUCCGUGGACUUGCGCCUCACUCUGCAUCCGCCCAGAGCCUGAUCAGCCAGCAACGGAUGCAGUCGCAUCAGCCCAAGGUCAAGAUUCAAGAUGAGGACGAUAGCGACGAACUCUAUGAGGCGGCGAAAAGAAACCUCCGGAAGUCGAGCUACAUCACGGCCUCAUGGUUCUGA